AUGUUAAUUGAAGUGUUGGGUGAUCUUCAAAUCUUCUCUAUUCGAUUUUCUCCAUACAAUUCAAAAUCUGAAUCUCUUCAAUGUUCAAUUGAAUACAAUGAAUUAACACAAUAUGUACAUUCAGUAGGUGUUGGUAAAAAACAAAAUUUAACUCAAUCAUAUUUCUUUUUCGCUGGUGAAAUCAUAUCCAAUAAACAAUCAUUGACUAGUUUAUCUCACAAUAAUAGUUUCUUCAUCGGUAUAUUAUCUCAUAAUGAUUCAAAAAACGACCAGGAUACAAAAACAUCAUUAAAUUGCGAUCAUUUUCAAUAUGAAUCAUUUCAAUUUAUUUCAGAGUAUGAUCAUCAAGAGUUUUUUGUCUUUAGUGUUGAACCUUAUGGUCAAUAUGCAAUAGGUUUAGCAAAAGAUUUUGUUUUUAUUUAUCAACCAUUUUCUGGCAAAAUGAUAGAAAUCAAGAAUAGUAGUCUUGUAUGGCCUACGAACACAACAUUCUUACCCAUAGCAGCUGAUACACAUGUCUUAUAUACAAUUGUUGUUGGAUUCGUUAUUAAUGGUCCUUUAUUUCGAGUUCGUGCAACUCCGACAGUUUAUGUUAUAUCAAAUUCUAAUCUGACAAUAUUAUCAAUAUGGUCUUAUACAGCUGCACUUAAUUCAUGGCAAUCAUAUUUAACUUAUUCAAAUCUUAAAAAAUGGUCAAAUCAAUAUGCUAUGUCAAUUAAUAUUAAUCCUGAUGAUGCAAGUCAAGUACUUGUUGGUAUGCCAUUUCUUAAUAUUGUCUUUUUAUUGAUUAUUACUAUGGGUGAUAGUAAUAUCAAAUUAAGUAGUUUUAUCGAUAAUGGAAAUUCAAUCGGAUUUGGAAAAAGUGUUACAUGGUUACCGAAUUCUGAUGCUGCAAUUCUCAAUUCCAACUAUUUGAUUCAUGAUUCAUCAAAAAUUUAUUUAUAUAAAUCAUUAAAUGAAACAAGUUUAUCAUCACCUACGACUAUAUUUCCUAAUAUUCAUCAACCAUUACCAUCAACAAUAAAUAGUCAUUUAAUUCGAAUGAUUUCAACUCCAACUUCACUUGUUCUACUUGCAAUUGAUGGAGGAAUUUUUCAUAUAUUACCAUCACCGCCUGGAUAUUUUUCAUCAACAACUUCCGUGAUAACUGAUUCAAUAUCAAUUGCAAGUGAACCAAUGAUUUGUAUGCCUGGUACAUAUAAAAGCGAAACAAGUAUUUUUCCAUGUUCUUUAUGUCCAAAUGGUACAAAAAAUUCGGGUGGUCAAUUGUCUAUUUCAUGUAUUAAUUGUUCAUCGGAUAGUUUUUGUCCAAUUGGAUCUGUCAUUGAUCUACAUAAAAGUGUUCUUUAUUCCCAAUUACAAGCAUCUGUUCAUCCACGUUCACCUGAAGUGAUCAUAUUUGAUGAAAUUCUUCUUCAAAAUAUGUUUUCAAUUAAUUCAACUUAUUGUAUGCUUAUUUCACCUCUUUUUUGGGUAUUAAUCGUCAUUGGUAUUGUUAUUGUAAUAUUAAUUGGUAUGGGUAUACUUAAACGAUAUGUUAAACAUCCUAAAUGUCAUCAAGUACGUCAUCAUGUUAAGAAUAUCUUUCGACAAAUUGAUCUUAUUCAUGAAGGUGAAAUGUGGAUAUGUGGAUUGGUUUCAGUUGGUAUUAUUGUUCUACUUAGUUUUGCUUAUACAUUUUCGGUGAAUUUUUAUCUGGAAUAUCCAUCUGAACAUAGUACUCCAGCAACAUUUGUUUGUAAUGAACAAAUUCGAAACGUUAAAUAUGAAAGUGGUUUACAAUCACUGGCAAUUCCAGCAUCGAAAGAAGAACAACCUAUGUUAUAUCUUCUUAAUAAACAACAUUUUACUGUUCAAUUAGAUUUAUUAAAUACUGUUGCUUCAUGUCAAAGUUUAUCUGUUGAACAAAUUCGUGAAUCAACAGCAGCUCAUGUUGCUUCUAAUUGUACAGAUUCUAUGGGAAUUUUAUCAUCGAUUUUAGAACUGCCUUAUCAUAGAGUAAUACUCAAAUGGAAUCUUAAUGAUAUUGCAUUUAUUGGUGCUAUACGUAUUCGUCUUUCGGCUAAUGAAAAUAAAAAUGAUUUAUAUAAACUGAAAUCACUUAAUUUCAGUGAAACAUUUUACGAUAAUUCAAAUCGAACAUUGGCUCAAACAAUACAUAUCAAUUUAGAAUUGACGAAGGUGAUUUUUAUUGCGAUUAAUGAAACCGAAUCACUUACAAGUCAUGAAUCGAAAUUUUCGGGAAUUUGGUAUCCAACAUUUGUAGCUGAUGCAAAUCAUAUGUUUAUUUCAUCGAGUGAAUAUAUUAAAUUAUCAAAUUUAACAUCAACUCGAAUAACUCUUACAAUAACUGAAACAUCGUAUUAUAUUAAAAAUCGUCAAUUACCUAUUGCUAAAUUACGCGAAAUUAUUUUUCAUAAUCUUCUCUUUACUAUUGUUUGUAUUGAAAUAUUUCAUUUAUGUAUUCUUCUAUGUAAAUUAAUGGUUAUUCCUCCAUUGAAGUUUAUUGGGAAAUAUUUUGUUAAAUUGAAUCAAUUUGUAUCGAAAACAGAGGAAAGUAUUAUUCGUGAUAUUCUUAUGGAUGAUCAUAGCACAAUAACAACAACUACAACAACGAACGAUUGUGAUGUUAUUCAAAUAAGUUAA